AUGAUCGGCCUUCUCUUCACUGUCUUUACAACAAUAGCUUUAAGCUCGGCUUUACCAAAUAACGCUCGCUCUGAUCCAAAGGCUUCGGCCACUCUUCCAAUCGUUGACCUCCAGUACGCUCUUCACCAAGCUACUAUUAACGAAACUGGAAAAUACUACCAGUUUUCAAAUAUCCGCUAUGCUGCUCCUCCAACCGGUGACCUUCGAUUCGCUGCUCCUGCUCCGCCAGCUGUAAACCGUACCCUUAAUGAUGGCCACCACAAUCCCAUAUGUCCGCAAGCCCUACCAUUUUGGAUACAGCUUACAGCAGAAUUCUUGAGCGGAGCAAACUCAAGCAAACUACAGACUGUUGAGGAACAAGUUGCUUCGUUGGAAAAUUCUCUUACGGUCGAAUCAAUAACUAGCUACAAACCUGUGGAUCCCCGAACAUCUGAAGAUUGUUUAUUUUUAGAUGUUAUUGUACCUCAAAGCGUAUAUGACGAGAAAAAGACCGUCCCCGUGCUGGUUUGGAUAUAUGGUGGUGGCUAUGUCAGUGGCGACAAGAAUAGUGCUGGAAAUCCGUCUACUCUUUUAGCUACUGCAAAAGAGAAUAGUGAUGGUGUGGUCUAUGUGGCUAUGAAUUACCGCCUCGGACUAUUCGGUUGGCUCUCUGGUUCAUCUUUUGCAUCACAGAAUGGCCUACCAAAUGCUGCACUUCAUGACCAAAGAUUCGCACUCGAAUGGGUACAAAAGAAUAUCCAUCUCUUCGGUGGAGAUCCAUCCAGAGUAACCGUAAUUGGCGAGUCUGCCGGUGCAGGUUCCAUAAUGCAUCACAUGACAGCGUGGGGCUCCACUGACGAUGCUCCCUUUCAACAAGCCAUAAUACAGUCUCCAGGCUUCCCUCCUAUCUCUAGUGACGCUCAGCAGGAAAAGAUAUUCAACUCAGUAAUUUUACAGGCUCAAAACCUUGUUUCUAAUAACAUUACUACCGUCGCCGAUCUUAAAAAGGUUGAUUUUGCUACACUUGCAGCUCUGAAUACAAUUGUGAUUGCGAGAUCAGGACCAUAUGGAACAUUCACUUUUGGUCCAGUUGUAGAUGGAACUUAUGUCCCGAAACUUCCAAGUCAGCUCUUCGCCGAGGGUAAAUACGCCCGAAACCUCAAAGUUAUGACUGCGCACAAUUCUGAUGAAGGUCUAAUCUUUACCUAUCCUCUUACAACUGAGACUUUUAUCGCCAAUAACCUCGCCAAUCUCUUCCCAAACGCUUCGAAUGAUACCCUAUCAUACAUGAUUAACACCGUUUGGCCGCCAACCUACGACGGAAGUUAUCCCUAUAAAAAUGUUAUACAGCGGGCAACUGUUGCUAUCUCGGAGCUCACAUUUAACUGCAAUGCACGAUACGCUGCUCUAGCCUACCCUGAAUCGUCACAUUCCUACUACUUUACCGUGCCUCCAGGGUAUCACGCUGCUGAUGUUGCUUAUACAUUUUAUAAUGGGGAUGAUAAUACACUCAACGCCACCGUCGCCCGUACAAUGCAAGGGUACAUAACGAAUUUUGCAAAAAGUGACGGUAAUCCUAAUGGCCCUGGAUUGCCAGUAUUUCCUAUGUACGGUAAUGAUAGUUCUAUGUUAGUAAUAAGUGAUACUGUGUUAGGUAGCGUACAGGUUGAUAGUGCUGCCAAUGAUCGUUGUGCCUGGAUGCAAUCUGCACCCUAUGCCUAA